CAAAGAUCUGUCAUCUUCGAAAAAAUAAUGAGGAUUAGAAACGAAUAAAUCAGUCGGCUUAUGCAAAUAUAUUAUAUACAUUAGAUCCCAUGAUGGUUGUGUUACAAUCCGCCCCCCUCAAGGUGAAAAUUGGUUACACAAUAAGCGCGUUUUAGAAUUGCGUAGAAACCCGAUGUCAUCCUAUGUUAUCGACCUAAGAUGAUAUAGGUACCGGAUAUCGUCACGAAACAAGUUCAUUCAACUGUAGAAUACAUUGGCAAAUAGUAAAAAGAUAACAUUAUAUCCAGAUGUGUAACUUAUUGCCAAAUUAUCAAGUCACACCAGAUUGUAGUGAGACCUAUGAAACGGACUCGGAAUUCGCAUAUUCUGAAAACAAAGAUAUCAAGAGUUCCGAAGCUUCGAGGCAGAAAUCUAAACAAAACAAAGAAAGUAAUGCAAACACAAAAUCACCAUUGAAAACUAUUAACUAUAAAUCAAAACUAUCACAGCAUAAUUCAAUCAUAAAACCUUCAUCUCAUUCGAAAUUUGAUCAUAACUCAUCAACAUCUUCAUCAAAAAAACUAAAUUUCAAUAAGAAAUUCUCAUCAAGUGUUCUAGAUAGAUGGGAAUCCAAUCAAUUCGCAUUAGCUGAUGCAAAUAGUUUAAUUAUACAAUUGAAUAAAGAAUUAAAAGAUUGCAAAUUAGAAUUGAAAACUUUACAAAGACAAUAUAAAAUGCAAGCUGUACGACUGGAUAAAGCUAUAGGACAAGAAGCUGAUAUGCCACAAAUUGUUGAUCGUUUAAAUUCAGAAAUACGUACAUUACAUGUUCGUCUACGUGAAAAAACUCUACAAUCAUGUAUAGAUCAAAGAAAAAUUCACGAACUACAACAACGUAUUUAUGUAUUAGAGAAAACAAUUGAUGAAAAACAUAAUCAAUCUCAAUAUACUGAUGAAGGAUCAUCGGUAUCACACAAACGAAACAAUAAAACUUAUGACAUAUCUAUAGAAUUACAAGAAGAAAAGAAGAGAAAUUCGCAAUUAAAGCAUCAAUUAGAUGUAUUAGCAAAAAAUCAUAAACAACAAAUCAAUAUGAAUAAUGAAAAACUACGAAGUUUACAACAAGAAUAUCAACAUUUAAAAGAUAAACUUCAUGAAAGAACUCAACAACUACAGGAGAAAACAAAAUUACUAGAAUUACAAAAUGUUUAUAGUCAUCGUAUUCCAAAAAAUCUCAUUUUGAGUCAUUUAUCUAGUUUAUCAUCUAUCUAUUCUACUACAAAUGAAAUGGACAAUCAUAAUGGUCAUAAAGAAGAAACAUCGAAAUCUAAUAAUCCAUUAAUUGAUCAAUAUAAAUGUAACUCAAAUGAUAAAUAUUCACCUAGGCUACCACCAAUCACUGUGAAUGAUAAUAAUAACAAUAAAAUCAAUAAUGAUGUAUCAUUAUCAUCUCAAUAUGUCACUAUGUGUAAAGGAUUAGAACAAAUGCCUAGAAUAGACAAUAACAUAGAAUCCAACUUAGAAGGAUAUCCAUUGAUGAUCAAUGGAAAACUAUCAAAUGAUAAUGAACAUCAUGUAGAUGAGAUAGAAGAAAAUUCAUCGAAAGGAGUUAUUGGGAAUCAUCAAUCAAAUGAUUUCAAUCUUCAAAACAAUAAAGAAAUUACUGGAAAGACAAGAGAAGAAGAACUAUGGAAUGAUUUAUUUGGAUCGAUAAAGGAUAAUGUCAAUAAAACAUCGGAAGUGAUAAAUCAACAUCAAUCUUCUAAUAAUGGAAUUUUAUUCAGUAACAAUUCGAACAUUAUCAAUGCAUCUAUACACAAUUCGAAUUGGAAAACAGGAAUUAAUCAGAGAAAUAAUAAUAAUAAUAAUCAAGAUAACUUAAAAGAUACUUCCAAACAACCAUCAUGGUUAGCAUUUCAUAAAACAGUUAAUCAACUAUCAAAUGAAUCCAACAUGAUUAACAAUCGGAAUUCAUUCAAUCGAUUGAUCGAUCAUAACAUCACUGCACAAUUAGAUAAUAUUGAUAAUGAUAUUGAAGUAUUACAAAUUUGAUCAUGGAAAUGUCUAGUUUUAUUAUUCCUUUAAAGUUAUCAUCCAAUUGUAAGUAAUUACCUAACUGUUACAAAUAGUUCAUUUGUUUAUUCAUUAUCAGUAUUACAUAAGAAAAAAAUGUUAAUUAUCAUUAUUAAGAUGAUUAUGGCACAUUACUGUUAUGUGUGAUGUGAAUUUAAACAAUGUACUUUAUGUGUAUAAACAUAUACAAAUGUGUUACUAUGUGAAUAAUUAGUUUUCAUUAAAAGUACCAAAUAAAUUACUUGUAAAUCUA